GGCAGAAGGAAAGUUGGAGAGAGAGAGAGAGGUUGAGUGUUGAGUGAGUUGGAUGUUGGAAGAACAUGGAAUAAGAUGCGAAAAAGUAAAAAUAAUAGUGGAAAACAUUAACAAUCCACAUCAUCAUUGCAUCACAUGAUUCACAGCUUGCAAUUGCUUUGCAUUGCAAUUGCAAUUGCAUUUGCAUUUGCAUUUGCAUUUGCAUUUGCAUUUGCAUUUGCAUGCUCCACGUCCACCUCACUUCACACUCCACUCACACUCAUCUCACCUAAACUCAACAACAACAACACCACCACCACUCGUCACAAUGCGUUCCAAAUCUCGCCACGGAUUCGCAAUUCCCCAAAUUACCCUCGGACUCCUCUUCUAUUUACUCCUGCUGACCCCACGCGCGUCUUUGGCGCUCAACCUCACCGCGCUCCUCUCCACCGUGCCGGACCUCUCCCAAUUCACCGCGCUCCUCGCCUCCGCCACGCCCCUCGCCGCGGAUCUCUCCGACCGCUCCUCGCUCUCCGUCCUCGCCGUCCCCAACGCCUACCUCUCCGCCGACGACCACCUCGCCCGCCACCGCCUCUCCCCCGCCGCCCUCGCCGAUGUCCUCCGCUACCACGUCCUCCUCCAGUUCCUCUCCUGGUCCGACCUCCGCUCCCUCCCCCCCGCCGGCAAGCUCGUCACCACGCUCCUCCAGACCACCGGGCGCGCCACCGACAACUUCGGCUCCGUCAACCUCACGCGCGACCCCCUCUCCGGCGUCGUUUCGAUCCGCUCCCCCGCCCCCUAUUCCCCCUCCAACGCCACCGUCAUUUCGCUCGUCAAAACCCUACCCUACAAUGUCACCAUCUUCGCCGUCAAUUCCCUCCUCAUCCCCUCCGGCCUCGACCUCAUGGCCUCCGAAACGCGUCCCAACCCUGUCCUCAACAUCACCAAUGCCCUAGUCGACGGCCACAAAUUCAAUGUCGCAGCUUCCAUGCUCGCUGCCUCCGGCGUUGUUCAGGAAUUUGAGGCUGAUGAGGGAGGAGCAGGAAUCACGCUCUUCGUCCCCAUUGAUGACGCCUUUGCUGAUCUCCCUCCCUCCGUUGCGCUUCAGUCUCUACCAGCGGAUAAGAAAGCGGUGGUUCUCAAAUUCCAUGUACUGCAUUCAUAUUACCCUCUUGGCUCGUUGGAAUCCGUUGUUAACCCCUUUCAACCUACGCUCGCCACUGAGGCCAUGGGUGCGGGUAGCUUCACACUCAACAUUUCGCGCGUGAACGGCUCUGUUGCCAUAAACACCGGCAUUGUUCAGGCCUCCAUUACGCAGACUGUGUUUGAUCAGAAUCCCGUUGCAAUUUUUGGGGUUUCCAAGGUUCUCUUGCCGAGGGAGAUUUUUGGCAGGAACCCAAUUGUGUCUACCAAGCCUGUGGAGGGGGCUCCUCCGCCGGAUGACGGUGCAUUGUCGCCAGAGAAUUCCCCGGGAUUUGAUGGACAACCCUCGCACCUAUCAUCGCCGCCAGGGUUUCGCGAAGAUGUGCGGUCAAACACUGGUGGUGGUUCUGGUGGUUCCCAGUCCUUUGUUGUUCUUAUUUGUUGCUGUAUAGGAUUGUAUUUUGUGGUAUAGGAUUGAUUACUGAUUAUUAUUAUUUUUUUUGUGGGGUUUUGUUUUAAUUUUCUCCACCUUCUGUACACGGUUAAUUGCAUUAUUAGGUUGCAAAUGCAGCCUUUUUUCUUUUUUCUUCUUGCUAUUUUGUUAGCUUUAUAAAAUUUUCGAUGUUAAUUGUGCCAUUGAUCUAAUAAUUAGUGUAAUUAUGGAGGUCAAUGUAACAUCUCUGCUUUUAUUGUUUUUCCUCCCUUGUAUUUUUUACAUACAAUACAGUCCAAUUACAUCCA